AUGGUAUCAUCGUCGAACGGCGGGAUCGCCGCGAACGGAGGGAUCGCUGCGAACGGCGGGAUCGCCGCGAACGGCGGGAUCGCCGCGAACGGAGGGAUCGCUGCGAACGGCGGGAUCACUGCGAACGGAGGGAUCGCUGCGAACGGCGAGAUCGCCGGGACCAACUACGUGGUCCUGGUCUUUGAGGGCACCUUCAGCGUCCGCACCACCGUCACCACCUCCCCGCAAGUCGCAAGCAGCUGGAUCCAACGAGUCCUCCAGUUUUGGGGCUCCCUCCCCAGCGGGUUGUUCAAAGUCGUCGGCCUCGCCAUCGAGCCCGAGCCUAACCUGCUCCCCGGCGACGACCAACCCGCCGCCGUCCUCCAGCUCUGCGUCGACAAAGACUGCCUCAUCUUCCAGCUCCUGCACUGCAACUCCAUCAUCCCUCCCGCCCUCCGCAGCUUCCUUAACGAUCCCCGUUUCUGCUUCGUCGGUGUCGACAUCGACAGGAACGCCAAUCGGCUGCAGAGAGAGCACGGGCUCUCAGUGAUGAAGAAGAAGGACCUGCGGCUGGCGGCGGCGCUGGCUCUGCAGAAUUGGGAUCUGCUGGGGGCGGACUUGAAGCGGCUUGUGAGUGAGGUGACGCUGGUUGAGUUGGAGAGGCCGGAGGCGGUGCGGACGAGCGCGUGGCAGCAGCGAGUGCUGUCGUCGCAGCAGAUCGCCUACGCUUGCGCCAGCACCUUCGUGUCCUCCGAGCUCGGGAAUAUACUGUUAUAA